AUGAUAUAUCUUUGUACGUCUCUGUUUCUUCAAGACUAGAAUGAGAGAGAGAAACAGAGUCUGUUCUUUUUUUUUAACUGCAAAAGCAGCUCUCAUUUUCUCCUCCUCUGUUUGUACCGAUCAGAAGGCUGUGCUUUUCGAUUCUUGAAUAGAGUCAAUAUCUUAACAUACACUAGAGAGAGAGAGAGAGAGAGAUUUUGCUCUGUUACAUUUACGAGUCAAGCAAACUUGCUUUUUGGGUUGUAUUCAUAUUCAUAGGCAAACCUUUGAACCAUUUUUUCUCAUGGAUUAAAGGGGGGAGAGAGAGAGAGAAGUGUUCACAUUUAUGAUUGAUAGAUAUACAGGCAUUUAAAGUUUUGCCAAUCUUGGAAAUCAACAUCUGUGCUAGCUGUAACCCUGUAAAAUCACAGCCACUUUCCCACGAAAAAAGGUUGUUCUCUAGAGAAGUGAAGAAGCAAAUGGUACCACAAAAACAAGCUGAAGAGGCCAUAGUAGUUUCUGGAACCAUGAAUGAGACCAACCCAGAUGACAACAACACAGAGGAAGAGAGGGUAGAUCAGUCAAUUCGCAGCUUCAAGAGCCUUCUCUGGCAUGGUGGCUCUGUUUAUGAUGCUUGGUUCAGCUGUGCUUCAAAUCAAGUAGCACAGGUUUUGUUGACACUGCCAUACUCAUUUUCUCAAAUGGGUAUGAUUUCAGGGGUCAUAUUACAGGUGUUUUAUGGCGUUGUUGGAAGCUGGACUGCUUAUCUGAUCAGUGUUCUGUAUAUUGAGUACCGUACGAGAAAGGAGAAAGACAAUGUCUGCUUCAAAAACCAUGUCAUUCAGUGGUUUGAAGUGCUCGAUGGUUUGUUGGGUCCAUGUUGGAAAGCUGUUGGAUUGGCCUUCAACUGUACUUUCCUCAUGUUUGGUUCUGUCAUUCAACUUAUAGCUUGUGCAAGUAAUAUAUACUACAUAAAUGACAAACUGGACAAGAGGACUUGGACAUACAUAUUUGGGGCAUGUUGUGCAACCACUGUGUUCAUUCCCUCAUUUCACAACUAUAGGAUUUGGUCUUUUCUUGGUCUUGGCAUGACCACCUACACUGCCUGGUAUCUUACCAUCGCCGCCCUCGUUCAUGGCCAGGUUGAAGGAGUGACUCACUCUGGCCCUACAAAACUGGUGUUGUAUUUCACAGGGGCCACCAAUAUACUCUACACUUUCGGAGGACACGCAGUCACUGUGGAAAUCAUGCAUGCAAUGUGGAAGCCUCAAAAAUUCAAGUACAUAUAUUUGUUUGCGACCUUCUAUGUAUUCACCCUAACUAUUCCAUCAGCUGCCGCGGUCUAUUGGGCCUUUGGGGACCAACUUCUCAACCAUGCCAAUGCCUUCUCUCUCCUUCCGCAGACAGGUUUCCGUGAUACAGCAGUCAUCCUAAUGCUCAUUCACCAGGUUAUAACAUUUGGAUUUGCUUGCACACCGCUCUAUUUUGUGUGGGAGAAAGUGGUUGGGAUGCACGACACAAAGAGCAUGUUUUUAAGGGCGAUUGCAAGGUUGCCGGUGGUGAUACCAAUAUGGUUCUUGGCCAUUAUUUUCCCCUUCUUUGGGCCUAUUAACUCUGCUGUUGGGGCACUUCUUGUCAGCUUCACAGUCUACAUCAUUCCUGCACUCGCUCAUAUGCUCACUUACAGAAAGGCCUCGGCUAGAAAGAAUGCAGCUGAGAAACCUCCAUUCUUCCUCCCAAGCUGGACGGCAAUGUAUGUUGUGAACACAUUUGUCGUGGUAUGGGUCUUCGUAGUUGGGUUUGGAUUUGGAGGGUGGGCUAGCAUGACAAAUUUCAUCAAACAAGUCGACACCUUUGGGCUCUUUGCCAAGUGCUACCAGUGCAAGUCCCCACCUCCACAACAUCACUGAGUUUUAUAGGUCACUCAUCACACCAUUGUAACACACAAUUGCUCUUUGGAUCAUCAUAUAGAAAUGUUGUGUGCUUUAGUUUUGUUCAUCCUCUAUAAACUACAUAGACGAUGUGGAUGUUGAUUAUCCCUUAGGCACAAAGCAAAAUAGUUAAAAUUUUGUUUGCGGUGAUAUAAAUGUAUACUAAACAUGUUAUACUUAUCUCCGCUAAACAGAUUUGGAAAAAAAAUGACAUUGAAAUGAAAUAGCAUUUGUAAGUUAAACAGAAGAACAAUAGGAUUGCUUUA